AUGGCGUCGAAAAGGCUUACCAAGGAACUAGAAGAGUUGCAAACAGACCCGCCGGCACAUUGCUCAGCAGGUCCAAUUCGCAACAAUCUGUACCAGUGGCAAGCUACAAUCAUGGGUCCGCCAGACAGUCCGUAUCAGGGAGGCCUUUUUUCCCUAACGAUAGACUUCCCAUCAUGCUAUCCGUUUAAGCCACCUAAAGUGGCAUUUACAACACGUAUAUAUCACCCCAACAUUAACAGUAACGGGUCGAUUUGUCUGGACAUUCUACGCAGUAAAUGGUCACCGGCGCUUACCGUGUCAAAAGUGUUAUUAUCCAUCUGCUCUAUGCUAUGCGAUCCAAAUCCGGACGAUCCACUGGUGCCCGAAAUUGCCAAAGUAUAUACAACGAAUCGAGAACAAUAUAAUAAACGUGCCCGGAUGUGGACACAAAGAUAUGCAAUGUGA